UCCUCGGUUUCCUUCCAAGAUGGCAGCUGCGAAGGAGUUCUUGAUUACCGGCGGUUCGGCGGGGGGAAAAGGGCGCCGCGGGCACCUGGGCAUCCCCGAGGCGGUGUUUGUGUAUUCAGUACUGAGGUUACUUCUUCCAGUCUGAGAAUUGACAAGGAAGAUGUAGAUGCUUUUAUGAAACAGCCUGGGAAUGAGUCUGUAGAUAUUGUACUCAAGAAAUUGGAUGAGCAGUAUCAGAAGUAUAAGUUUAUGGAACUUAACCUUGCUCAGAAGAAAAGAAGGCUAAAAAGUCAGAUUCCUGAAAUCAAACAGACAUUGCACAUUUUAAAAUAUAUGCAGAAGAAAAAAGAGACCACAGAGCCCCUGGAGACUAGAUUCUUACUGGCCGAUAACCUUUACUGCAAAGCUUCAGUUCCUCCUACGGAUAAAGUCUGCCUGUGGUUGGGGGCCAAUGUGAUGCUUGAAUAUGACAUCGAUGAAGCUCAGGCUCUCUUGGAGAAGAACCACUGCACUGCUACCAGCAAUUUGGAAUCUCUCGAGGAAGACUUGGACUUCCUUCGGGAUCAGUUUACCACCACAGAAGUCAAUAUGGCUCGGGUUUACAACUGGGAUGUCAAGAGAAGAAACCAAGAUGAGCCCGCCGAAGCUAAAGUCUAGCAUGCCCAUCCUGGGGCUCAGCUUUCCCAAGGGGCUUGAUGUACUUCCAGAGAUUGGAAUUUUUGACUUGGGAUAAAUGCUUUUCAAACAAAAAAAGACACUGUAACGUAAUACUAAAGGCAAUAAUGAGCACACAUUUUAUUUACAAAGCUUUAGAUUUCAUGAAAUUAUUAUGAUUGUUCAAGAUCAUGCUGGGGUUGGACUCAGUUAUCUCCGUUUAGCUUUGACACUCUGGAUCUUUGGGGCAUGUGUGAAAUGCACUGUUGGGCAUUUGCAAGGGGCAGGGUUGGGGUAGGGCUGGGAGGGUUGCUUUUUUUUUUUUUAUUUAUUGUAAGUUACCUUUGAAGAAGUGAAGUCAGUUAAGAGGUUGGGAAAGUUCUUGCAGGCCUGUGGUUUUGGGUUAAACCAGUCUGCUGUAAGUUUGCUACUUCACAGAUUGAUUUUUUUUCUCAUGUCAAGUUUGGUCAGUUUACUGAAUGUCCUGCCCUUUUUUAUGAAUUGCUUUAUCUCCCUUUAUAAACAACACGUGCAGUAUAUCUGAACAGCAGUAGGGUUUGUUGAGGUGGCACAUUCAUCUCCCAUCUGCUAAAUGGAUGCCUACUUCUCAUGCCCUUCAUAUCUCUUGGUUAAGUCUGAGUUGAACAUUCUGACAACUCUUUCUAUAAGGCCUCUUAACAGGGGUAACAAAAUUAAAUGAUUAUUUCUUUCAAAGGAAGGAAGUCUUCAAGCUGUUCUGACUUAAAAAGCUAACAUGACACCAGCUUAUAAAAGAACUGCGGAGUUAAAUUUCAAUGUUUUUUUCCACUUUCAAGUAGUGAGCAAUACAUUUAGAAUGGUUUCAUAAUAUUAAAACAGUGAAAUUAAACAUUUGGCAAAGCGCCUUUUGAAAUG